AUGCGCGCCGGCGAGUGGUGCGAUUGCGGGAUGCUGCAGCGGCCGGCGCGGGAAAGGCAUGGCGCAAGCCGCGUGGCGUCGUCGGUGGUAUUCGUGUCCCGCGUUCGUACUUCUCCUCCUUGCACUCAUCACGACAGCUUUCCUCCUCGUUCCGCUUAUCGCGAGCCGCAACAAUCAGGAAGUAGACUUGCUAAUUCUGCUAGGGAGGAGCGGGAGGAGCAAGACGGACGUCCAGUGUGGGCUGGCGACAAAGCAGCACGGCAACAGGUCCUGUCAAAGCCCCCCGGCAAGUGGCGCACGGCGCUCUGCCUCGUGGGCGGCGCGCGGGACUUUGAGCUCACGUGGCCGUCCAUCGUGACACGCCUGCUCCCCGCACUCCCCUCGCCAUCCCUCUUCCUGCACUCGCCGCUCGACGAGAACGCCUUCAAGCUCUGGAGCGCCGUGUGGGCGGGCAGGAAGUUCCUUGCAGGCGUGCGUGUGUUCGCAAGCACGUGGGUAAACGGCACGGAGUACGGUGGAGGAACCGUGCUGCAUGAUCAGUAUUCCCCGCAGGGAGACCAGGGCAUGCUGCAGUACCUGCGGCUAGUCGAGGGCUGCGUGCCGCUCAUCCGCGCGUACGAAUCAAGGCAUGCAAUGCGGUUCGACUGGGUGGUGCGGUCACGGGUGGAUACCUUCUGGUCGAGGCCUCCGCCUGUGCUGAGGAGCUUUGAGGUGGAUAAGUACACGAUCCCCUGGGGCACGGACUGCAUGGGGCUCAACGACCGGUUUGGCGCCGGCACGUGGGAGACGUCCGCGCCUGCUCUGCACCGCCUCAGCAUGCUGCAUGCCCUGGGCAGGCGCGGGUACACCAACCUCAACUCAGAGAGCGGCUUCAAGGCGCAGUUGGAGGUGGCAAACGUGUCCCUGGGGCGGGCGGACCUGCCCUUCUGUGUGAUGAGCCGCCGCGUGUAUCCGCACAGCAUGAUGCCCGUGGCUGCGCUGUCCUCCUCUGCGCCGCUCAACGGCGCGAAGUGCCGGCCCUGCGUGCCUGCACACACCGGCAUCCAGGCGGUGCACCGGCUGCACUACUUCGCGCCCAUGUCGCACAUCGGGCGGCCGCUGCGCAACCAGCGGCAGUACGGGCGCGGCAUCGACCUGUGCAACGAGCGCGAGCCGUGGGCCAGCAACUGGACCGCCGUGUUUGACGAGACAGUGGGGGAGAGGCUGGGCGGCAUGCGCCGUGACAUCAUGGCCGUACCCGACUGA